AUUACUUAUGAACUUAAAGUUGCUUAGUUAUGUACUAUUAUUUCCACAAUUUCAGUUUUGAGAAAGGAUGAUUUGGAACAAUGUGUACGAGAAAGGCUUAGUCGAUGUGAUGCAUGAUCACAAAGAUAAUCCAAAAUUCAAAGGUCAAAAGGGUUGGAAUCGUGAUGGAUGGAAUAGUAUCACUACCAAGUUCAAUGAAAAGUUCCCUCUAUCUCAUUUCUCUAAACAACAACUGCAAGAGGAGAGAGAGCUUAAAGGAUACUACAAGGCAAUAAGGGAUUCAAGAAAAAAAAGUGGGGUUGGUUGGAAUGACACCCUAUGCAUGGUACUGGCUGAACCAGAAGUUUGGCCAAGGCUGAUUCGUGUGUCAAAGUUUUGCAACAGGCCAUUCCCUCUUCUUUACAAUUUAGAAGGGCUAUAUGAAGGUGCUGUGGCUACUAGAGAGUUAAAUUUCACAUCAACUCUUGUUGAUCUUCCUCCACCUUCAACUCCAUCUAGGAGUGUCUCUAGACAAAGUCUCAAUCCCUUGAGUACUAAUUCACUUGAUUUGGAUGGACAAGAAACCACAAGUGUGCUCAAUCUGUCUACUAAUGCUCAAUCUGUUCCAGUCAAUACUAAUGAACACACUGAAGCUCAAUUUGUCCCAUCUAAUCAAGAAUCAAGCCAGAGAGAAGGUGGCAGUGGGAGAAAGCGUAAGCAAAGCCAUGUUGGAUUAGCUCUUGAAAGGUAUGUGGAGUUUAAAAAGAUCCAAACUACAGAAACACUUGAAACUCUUAAAGAUCAGAAGAGGCAGGAGGAACAAUUUUCCAUUAGCAAUUGUCAGGUUGAAUUGAAAGGAAUGGAUGGAUUAACAGCCAAGGACAAAUCAUACGCUUUGGUGCUUUUUGAAUCUGCGAUAAAUAGAGAGGUUUUCUUAGCAACAAUAGAGCAUGAUGUUACAGAAAUUUGGCUCAAGCGCAAAAUUAAGUUGCUUAGAAGUAGUGUGUAG